ACAGAGAUUUUGUGUAUGGUGGUGAAAGUGAAAGCUCCGUGGUGGGUGGAAGUGCUCCGUGGUGGAGCACUGGACCAGGCUGCCCAGGGAGGCAGUCAUGGCACGAAGCCUGACAAUGUUCAAGAAGCACUUGGACAAUGCCCUCAGACCUGUGUGAAUUUUGGGGUUGUCCUCUGCAGGGACAGAAGUUGGACUCGAUGACCCUUGUGGGUCCCUUCCAACUUGGGACAUUCUAUGAUUUUAUGAUUCAUUCUAUGCCAAAAGCAGCCAGGGGACUCCCUUCCAAAGGCAUGCACAGCACCUCUGGAGCCAAGGUGUGGAAGCAGAACGCCGGGGUGAUGGGCGGAUCCGACCCGGAGCUGGCGGCCACCAUGGGCUUCUCCGGCUUCGGGAAGAAAGCUCGGACUUUCGACCUCGAAGCCAUGUUUGAGCAAACGCGAAGAACGGCUGUGGAGAGGAGCAGGAAGGUCUUGGAGGCUCGUGAAAGAGAGAAGGAAGACCAGGCUGAAAAGGAGUUUACAGGUCCAUGCACUGAUUCAUCAGCUUCAGCAUCCAGUGCAGCGGAAGCUGGGUCCAGAUUAACCCAAAGGGAGGCAGCCUGUAGUGAAAGUGAAGAUAGCUCAGAUGAACAGUUAACUGGUCCUUCCAUGCAAUCUCAGACUUCUGCUCAAGGUCCAGCUGAGGAUACUGAUGAUGAUGAUGAUGAAGAAUUCAUUGGGCCACCACUUCCACCUGGGUUCAAGGAUAGUGAUGACGAUAAUGACAAUGAUGAUACAGAGGAGGAAGAUAAUAACCCUGUCAAGAAAAUUCCAGAUUCUCAUGAAAUUACACUCCAGCAUGGGACAAAAACAGUUUCUGCUUUGGGGUUGGAUCCUUCAGGUGCCCGUUUAAUAACUGGUGGAUAUGACUACGAUGUUAAAUUUUGGGACUUUGCUGGAAUGGAUGCUUCUCUCCAAGCUUUUCGGUCACUCCAGCCUUGUGAAUGUCACCAAAUCAAGUCUUUACAGUAUAGCAGCACAGGAGAUGUCAUUCUCGUUGUCUCUGGUAACUCUCAGGCAAAAGUUCUUGACAGAGAUGGCUUCCCAGUAAUGGAAUGCAUAAAAGGAGACCAAUACAUUGUGGAUAUGACAAACACGAAGGGUCACACAGCAAUGCUCAAUUCAGGCUGUUGGCAUCCAAAAAUAAAGGAAGAAUUUUUGACAUGUUCUAAUGAUGGAACUGUGAGGACCUGGGAUGUUAACAAUGAAAAAAAGCACAAAAGCGUAUUUAAACCACGAUCAGUUCAAGGUAAACGGGUGAUACCUACAACUUGCACGUACAGCAGAGAUGGUAAACUUAUUGCAGCUGGCUGUCAAGAUGGCUCCAUCCAGAUCUGGGAUAGGAAUAUGAGUGUACAUACAAAGUUCCACUGCAGGCAAGCCCAUGCUCCAGGCACUGACACUUCAUGCUUGACAUUUUCCUAUGACGGUACUGUCCUUGCCAGCCGGGGAGGAGAUGAUACUUUAAAGAUAUGGGAUAUUAGACAAUUUAAAAAGCCUCUUAAUUCAGCAGAAAGACUGCCCAGCUUCUUUCCAAUGACAGAUUGUUGUUUCAGCCCAGAUGAUAAAAUACUGGUCACAGGCACCUCUGUUAAGAAAGGUGGUGGCAGUGGGAAGCUUUUUUUCUUUUAUCGGGAGACGUUCCAGAAGUUGUAUGAGAUAGAAGUUACAGAUGCGAGUGUUGUGCGUUGUCUUUGGCAUCCCAAGCUGAACCAGAUCAUGGUUGGUACAGGAAAUGGUUUGGCCAAAGUGUACUAUGAUCCUGUCAAAAGCCAGAGGGGAGCAAAAUUAUGUGUGGUCAAGACAAAACGAAAAGAGAGACAAGCAGAGACUCUUACACAGGAUUAUAUUAUAACACCCCAUGCACUUCCGAUGUUCCGUGAACCACGACAGCGAAGCACCAGGAAACAGCUGGAGAAGGACAGGCUGGACCCCAUGAAGUCUCACAAACCUGAACCUCCAGUAGCAGGACCAGGUCGUGGUGGGCGUGUUGGAACUCAUGGAGGUACCUUGUCAUCAUACAUAGUCAAGAAUAUUGCACUGGAUAAGACAGAUGAUAGCAACCCUCGAGAGGCUAUAUUACGUCAUGCAAAGGAAGCAGAGGAGAAUCCAUACUGGGUUGCCCCGGCAUAUGCUAAAACGCAGCCAAAAACAGUUUUUGCAGAAGUGGAACCAGAAGAUGAUGAAACAGACAAACCAGAGUGGAAAAAACGUAAAAUUUGAAAAAAUUGGUUUAAAGAAUAAUUUUAGAGCAUUUGAAACUAAGUGCAGCAUUUAUUUCUUUGUUUUGGGUAGCAGAUCAAAAUUUGAAAGCAAAAUUUACUUUGGUUCAUAAAACUUGCUGCAUUGUAAAAAGGGGUGGUUGUAUUACACUGGAUUGUAAUCCCACAUCUGAAUUUUGUAAAACAGAAUGAAUUAUGUUGUGCAAAGAACUCCUCUUUAUGUCAGUUAUUUAGCUUCAUGAUUUUAGUGAAAAAUAUUUCUUUAUAAAUAGAACUCUAGUGAAUUCAUUAUAUUGCCAGAUGUUUUUAUUAAGUAAUGCCAACUUUACAAAUUCUGUGUCAUGACAGUGUUCAUUGAUUUUAAGUAUAUAAAUAAAAUAAUACAGUUUCUCAGG